UCUUGCUUCUUGGUCUUCCUCUAGGUCUAGCCGCGCGUCUACACUCCAGCUACCAAGGGGAUCCAUGAGUGCAAGCAACUCCGGAUCCGGGGACAGCAUGGAAUGGGGAAGGGGAAGGUCAUCUGGCUCCAGGAAGGGCAAGAGAGGCGGCAACAGCAGCUCCGACAAGCCGAGGCAGCCGCAGCGAGGGCUCGGCGUCGCGCAGCUGGAGAAGAUCAGGAUAGAAAGUGAGAUGGCGGAGUACUUGCACCACCCUCUUGGUCAGCAGCCUCCGAUCCACAGAACUGGUAGCUUCAACUUGGAAGAACUGCGCUUGUCUCACUCGCUGCCAUCGUCUCCAUCCUCCCCCUUCCAAGCUAAUAUCGGGGUUUCAUCUUCCUACCCAAUUCAUCGUCCAAAUCUUGCGAUGGCUUAUGGAGAGAGAUCAGGAGACAUAAGAUAUGGUGCAUUUCAAACCAAUAAUCCAAUCAUCAGGUCACCCAAUUACCAUGGAGCUACGUAUGGAUCAGAAGCACAUCAUACCCAUCCAAGCAACGUCACAUUGCCUCUCUUCGAACCUGAGGAAUCGAUUUGCUUGAAUAGACCAUACGAUCUAAAUCAAACGGUGGACUCGUCGAACUUGGAUGAUCAAGAGGUAGACCUUGAGCUCAAGCUAUGAUCGAAAAUAUGCUGGCCCUCUAGCCUCUCAGUUAAGCUGUACGCAGCCUGAUUGUUUGUGCCACAAGAACUAAAGUGCUUGCAGUCUUGUGUGUAAUGCAUGCAUGGAUCAUAUAUAAGAAACAAAUAUGCACAUGCACAAUUCUUUAAGUCACAGGGUGACGAUGUGUAAUUGAUGAGUUACUGAGACGAGAAAGAAGAAGAACCAGCUGGAUUUGGUGAUGCUGGCUAGCUAGUUAAUUUGUACAAUUGCUGUAAACAUUGUUAGCAUAGAAUGAUUAGUAGUUUCUUCUCACCGUGGUGUUGCAACCUCAAAC